AUGUCUGGAUUUGGUCCUUCAGCAGUUUUACCAGAAGACAUCGGGAAUGGAACAUUUUUGGAAUUGUUCCCUACCUCCCUCUCAACCUCAGUGGAUUCCACAUCAUCAACACCCAACCGUUUAUCAAACGUUUACGUCUACGUGUCCAUCUUUCUUAGCCUGUUGGCCUUUCUUCUUUUGCUGCUGAUUAUUGCUCUUCAGAGACUAAAAAAUAUAAUAUCCUCAACAUCAUCUUAUCCUGAAUACACAAGUGAUGCAGGGAGCUCCUUCACUAACUUAGAAGUUUGUAGUAUUUCUUCCCAGAGGUCUUCUUUUUCUAACCUUUCUUCAUAA